AUGGAGACCCCGGAGGAAGAGACGAAGUUCCAGCUCAUAUCGGUUAAUAGACGGGCAUGCGAAGAUAUUCUGAGUUCUGUGAAGAAGAGGGGCCGCUGCGUGGCCGUGCCGGUUCAUGGUCGCCCGGUGGAAGAGGGGGGAGAGAAGAAGGCAUCACAGUCGCAACCAUUAGCACAGUCUGACCAAUUGGCCGGGCGAUUACCGCCCCCCCCUCAGCAAAUAAACAAAAAGGCGGUGUCUUUUGAGAGCAAGUUUCUCACGAAGAAGAGCUUAGAAGAGGAGGAUGACAAUCGAGGAGGAGGCGCAACAUAUUCAGUAAAAAUCGCAACGUUCGAAAAAAAAAAAAGUGACAAUUUACUUUUCAGAAAAAAAAAAUCCUGCAUAUAUAAUGAGAACAAGUACAACAAAUUCAUGGACGCAUUCAAACAACAGGAGUUAAAAAAAAUAAAAAAAUUUCACCAUGUGUACAAAUGGAAGGUAGCACUAGUGAUCCUUCUGAUCUUAACCAUCUCCUUUACCAUGAUUGGAAUCUUCAUUUAUUAUGAGUCAAGUCGCGUAAUCGAAGUGGAUAUAGAUUACGACUCAGAAGACACAUUCAAAACGUUUUCCGUGUCACAUGAAAUGAAGCAACCAGUCUAUGUCUACUACAAGAUAAAUAAUUUUUACAGCAAUUUUAAAACCUUCCUUUCAGAUGAAUCACAAGCUUUGAUAAAUGAUUUUAAAUGUAAUUAUAUAAAGACAUUCGAGGAUAUAUAUAAAUUCAGAUGUGUUAAUGGUGUGCAGACCCUUCCUGAAAUGAACAACGACUUUGCUACUAGUGGAUGGGGAGAUAAAAAUGAGAGGUUCAGUAGCAAGGAAACGUGUGAUAUUAAUUCGAUUCCGUCAGAUCAAAGAAAGAGGAAGAUAUUUCCUUGUGGAUUAGUUUCUGCUUCGAUUUUUAAUGACAAAAUUAAACUUUCCUUGAAAAAAAAAAUAUUCAACAUUGAUAAAUUUCCGGUGUUAAAUUAUUAUGAUUUUUUUUCCUAUAUAAAGAAGCACAAAAAAUAUAGCUCCGAUUAUAAGGUAUGGCUUAAUACCUUUUCUGCAGAAUAUAAAAAUUGGUUUCACCCCCCUAUGACUUCUUCGUUUAUUAAACCUUAUGGAGUCAUUUUUGAAGACUUACAACCAGGGGAGGAUUAUAAAAUUGAGUUCACACAGAAUACAUGGCCUGCAAAACAUUGGAAGGCAAAGAAGUCAUUUCAGUUAGUUUCUUUGCGAGCUGUAGGUAACAGCGCCUAUGAAUUAGCUUAUUUUUUUUUUCUGCUUGCUAUAAUAUACCUGAUCGUUAUUAUCGUUAUGAUACUUUUGCUCAAAUCCGGGUACUACAAAUUGGGAAAGACUUUUUCCUACUGUAAAAUGUCUACUGUUAGUAACGCCACUGAGCAAACUUUUUUUCGGAAGAAGUCUAGCAUGAAGAGGAUGGAGGCAGUAGGAUCGCAGAAAACGACUGGUGCUCAUGUGGCAGAAGCGACUCACACGGCCAAGGGGUCCUUUCCUGUGGAACCCGAUGGCCAACGCGAGAAGAGCAGUUCCAAUGAGCGCGUCUCCAUAGUCCUUGGCAACAGUUCGAGGAUGUGUCUUUGUCCCAUGCACUAG